UUUGUCCCGCCGGUAACGCUGCUGUGACCUCCGCGCUACCCACUCUAACAUUUCCUACCCAGAAACUCGCGUUUCAUAUCAGUUUAAAGUCCAGCUCCCAGUUUCAUUUGCAGUGUCCCAUCAUGCGUCUCCGGGUUGUCCUGUGCACAGUGGCCCUGCUGGCUCUGGUGGCCGAGGCGCGGAUAGUCAAACGCUUCGCCAUCGGCUGCCCGGAAAAGUGCGACAAGUCCCAGUGUGCCCCGAUCCCCGCUGACUGUCUGGCCGGCGACGUGCUGGACCGCUGCGACUGCUGCCCGGUGUGCGCGUCCGGCGAAGGCGAGCAGUGCGGGGGCAGUGGAGACCACGAGUGCGGCGAGGGCAUGCAGUGUGUGGUGACCGAUGGCGUGGAAGUGUCCUCCACCGUCAGACGGAGGGGUAAGGCCGGCGUGUGCGUGUGCACCAGCUCCGAGCCUGUUUGCGGCAGCGACGGCGUCUCGUACCGGAACAUCUGCGAGCUGAAGCGCGUCAGCAACCGGGCGACGAAGCUGCAGCAGCCGCCGGUGAUUUUCAUCCAGAGAGGUGCCUGCGGGAAAGGUCAGCAGAACCCUGACAGUCUUCGUUACAAGUACAACUUCAUCGCUGACGUGGUGGAAAAGAUCGCACCUGCUGUCGUUCAUAUUGAACUUUACCGCAAGAUGAUCUUUUCUAAGCGGGAGGUGGCAGUGGCCAGCGGCUCUGGGUUUGUUGUGUCAGAGGACGGGCUCAUCGUCACCAACGCCCACGUCGUGGCCAAUAAGCACAGAGUAAAGGUGGAGCUGAAGAGCGGAGCCACAUUUGACGCAAAGAUCAAAGACGUGGAUGAGAAGGCAGACAUCGCUCUGAUCAAGAUCGAUGCCCCGAUGAAGCUGCCAGUGCUGCUGCUCGGCCGGUCAGCGGACCUGCGGCCUGGUGAGUUUGUGGUCGCCAUCGGCAGCCCCUUCUCCCUGCAGAACACCGUCACCACCGGCAUCGUCAGCACUACUCAGAGGGGAGGCAAGGAACUGGGCCUCCGCAACUCUGACAUGGACUACAUCCAGACCGAUGCCAUUAUCAACUACGGCAACUCAGGAGGACCACUAGUCAAUCUGGAUGGAGAGGUGAUUGGCAUCAACACUCUGAAGGUCACAGCAGGAAUCUCCUUCGCCAUCCCCUCAGACAAGAUCAGACAGUUCCUGGCUGAGUCACACGACCGACAGGCCAAAGGUAAAACAUCACCAAAGAAGAAAUACAUUGGCGUUAGAAUGAUGAGUCUCACUCCAACGUUGGCAAAGGAGCUGAAGGAGAGGCAGUCAGACUUCCCAGAUGUCACCUCCGGGGCGUAUGUCAUUGAGGUCAUCAGUCGAACUCCAGCUGAGGCAGCUGGUCUGCAGGAGAGUGAUGUUAUCAUCAGCAUCAAUGGGGAGCGAGUCUCCUCGGCCAGUGAUGUCAGCGCCGCCAUAAAGCGGGACGACACACUGCGAAUGGUGGUGAGGCGAGGCAACGAGGACGUUAUCCUCACCAUCGUGCCAGAGGAGAUCGAGCCUUGACCUCACAGCUGACUGAAAAACCAACCAACUCAACAAAUUAUCCAGUCAACCAAUGUCGAGCUGGCUCUCAGUGUUUUUCAACUAAUCAUGAACACUUUGAAAAACCAGGCAACCAAUAGGGGCAUGUGUGUCCGGGGCCGCACCUACUGCGUUUAAGAACUUGUAAUUAUUAGUUCUACUACUUCUCUUCCAUGCUAUUACGCUCACACACACCUUCAGAGGUCCAACUUCAUUACACUGGGAAGUGAAGCUUCAACCCUGGUGUUCCACUUCUCAUAUUAGUUUUAUUUUUUCCUCUAAUCCCCAUUUACUUUCCAUCAUCACCGACCUUUUAUAUUCUACUAACACCAUCUGUUGCUACAAAGCAGUUACUGCAGGUUACCGUAGUUUUGUUGUGUUUGUUCUUGAUGGAAUAUUUUUUAAUAGUAUUUUUUUUCCCUCUAUGUGUUUGAUGACAAUUUUUCGACAAAGGGAAUAAAAUUAUUUUUAAAAGUGUU